AUGGAGAUUGAAGUGAGGGAAGUGUGGUAUUGGAACCUUAGAAAAGAGAUGGCUACGAUUGCAUGCUUGAAAGAUUAUUUUCCCUUUGUGGCUUUUGACACGGAGUUCCCUGGCUUCCUUGUGUCUUCGUCUUGGAAGGCAUCUCCGGAUGAGUUAUACGCCGACAUGAAAUCGAAUGUAGAUGGCUUGAAAGUGAUUCAAGUUGGCCUCGCCUUAUUCGACGCCUGGGGUAGGCUUCCGUUCUCGAGGCCAAAUCGUGCGGUGGUGUGGCAGUUCAACCUCUCCGAUUUCGACCCAUCUUGUGAUCGCCACUCGCCUUCCGCAGUCGAGUUUCUGAAAGAGAACGGCAUCGAUCUUGAAGCGACUCGACGUCAGGGGAUCAAAUCCAUCAGGCUCUGCCGAGAGUUUUGGGCCGCAGGAUUGCUGGCCAACCGUCGUCUUGUUUGGCUUUGCUUCCAUGGGAGCUAUGAUUUUGGGUAUAUGUUAAAGCUGAUUGAAGGUGGGAAGCCGUUGCCCCUUACUCGACACGAAUUCAUGAAGAAGGUGAAGGCCUGCUUUUGCAAUAUAUACGAUCUGAAGUACAUCGCUAAGUCUUACGAUGAACUUAAGAGAGGUAGACUGGGGCUUUGCAAGAUGGCUGAAAUUCUUCGAGUUAAGGAUUACUUGGAGCGCUCUCAGGAGGUGGAUAACAAACAAAAAGUGGGGAAUCACAGGUACCACCAAGCUGGAUGGGACAGCCUAGUUACUGGCAUGUCCUUUUUUCGGCUGCGAACGAUUCCCGUGGUUCAAGCUCUGAAGCAUAGCUCAUGUGAGCUGCGAGCAAUUGAUUACUCAGGUUUCAACGCGGUGAUGAGGGAUUCUUAUGGAGCGAUUUUUGACAUAGAGGCUAAGGUGGGUAACGCAGUCUCAGCAUAUUAA